CCUGCUCCACUUGUCAGACAGAGCCUCAUCAGCAGCAAAAAACAAACAAACAAAAAAAACUCACACAAAAUAACUAUGAAGACACGCGUCAAAGACUUUUUCUGGGUCGCAAUAGUGGCCCUAUCACUGCUUCAUCUGAAACCUGAAGCUCAGGUUGCAUCAGAACAACGCCGGCCAACGUUCCACGUUACUGCCACCAACAAUACGCUGAUUUGCCACGAAGACUUCAUGUCCGUGUACAUCUCAAAGGGGAGUUUCUUCCAUCUUCCCUUCAGCAUUUACGUUGAAGAUGAGCACAGCGGAAUUUACCAAGCCGUAGCUGUAGCAAGACGUUGCCACUACUUCCUAGGAGAAACCAACUCCUUCAUCAUCUUUACGGUCGCCUCCUUUGGGUGUUUUGUGAAGAAACAAAAAUCUAUGAUGAGCCUCACUGUGGCCAUCAUGGCGCCUGCAGAUGGAGGCACACCUAAGAUCGUCCAGUCGAUACAUCUGACCUGCAACAGGAACAUGAAAGAUGAGACAAGCACGUUUCACUUUCCAGACAUGUCAAGGAAGGGUUUCUGCACCAAAAAAGGGUUUAAUAUCACCAUUCCUGGGAAUGCCACAGUCCCACCUCUGAACUUGGAUGCAGUCUGGAUUUCUUCCGACCAUAAUCAUAAAUGUGUCCCCCACAAAAGUUCCCCUGACUCUGUAACUUUCAGCUUCCCGUUUACAGAUUGUGGUACCCACUCUAUGAUAGCAGAUGGGAAUAUCACUUACUCUGUCAUUGUCAAGGGUAACCAACAUUUCAGGAAAGGAGCCAUAGUUCGUGACGCUCCAUUCCGCCUAACUGUGCGAUGUAGCUUUGCACUGACUCGAAUGGCUCAACUGGGUAUCGCAGUUCAGCAAAGCGAAUCGUAUUACCCAUCAGUGCUGAACAGCACAGGGAUACUUAGGGCUGAAAUGAGGUUUGCCAAAGAUUCCUCUUAUAGAUCAUUUUAUUCCACUAGCAACCCCCCAAUAGUAACUGAGCUGGAUCAGCCUGUGCAUGUGGAGGUGUUUAUUGUCAAACAUGACGACGUGGACCUGUCGCUGCUCCUGGAGGAUUGCUGGGCGACUCCGACUGACGACCCACAGGACCCACUAAGAUGGAAUCUACUCAUUAAAGGGGAAGCGCAAACAAAGAGUCCCACCAGCGACUGGGGAGAAGGGGGUUCCCAGCAUCGCCUCGGGUGGACCUCUUCUGUACCUGCUCUAAAUAUUUAGACGGGGAAUUCUUAGUUUCAAUGCCAUUUAUUUUCGCAAUCUUAAAUGAUUCAGUCACUGUUAUGAACUAAAAAAAAAUAAAAAUGCCCCUUACCAAACAUUUUAUUCCAAAUAAAUCAGUAGUUUCUUUCAUGUGGUUUAAAAAAUCCUUGCUGUUGACAGAUGGUUUGCAGUGCCUGGCAAAAGUGUUUACAUCCUUUGAACUGUGAAUUUUGUAACAUUACAUCGACAGACUUCAAUGUAUUUUAGUGUACAAUUGUAAAAUGCAAUUUGUUGACUUCAAAAGUCCCUAAAUUAGUGAAAGGUCCACCACUGUGGGAUUUUAAUCUCAGUAUAAAUGUAUCUGUUCUGUGAAGGCCUAAGGUGUCUGUAGAGAGCAUUAGUGAACAAAGGCACAUAAAGCUCAGGGAUAAAGUUGUGGGAGAUUUUAAACCUGGGUUAGGUUUAAAAAAAAUCUAAAAAUAGCUUAUUCUAAGAUUUAAACAACUCACAGAGCACUGUUUAAUACGUUUAUAUUAAAAUGGAAAGUAUUAUGAGACAAUUACAAACCCGUGAAUGCAUGA